GAAUUUUUUUCAAAUACGACAUUGAACCAAUAUCGGUACGAAUAACAGAGAAAUACACAAGUUUCUCACAAUUUCUGGUGAGAUUGUGUGGAAUCGUGGGUGGAAUCUGGGUCACGGCUGGUUUCGUGUUUAGAAUUGCUGAUGGAAUUUGUCGGAGCGUGGUGAUUAACAGUGAUAAAAAUAAGAAUGAUUUUAUUGGUACUGGUGGUGGUAUAGACAAAUACAGUUAA